UUGGGUGGGCGGGGCGGGGCGGAGCCUGGACCGCGGGAGCGCGUUGUCCGGCUGGCGCCCUCGGAGCGGCGCGCGGCACCGUGGGGUCUCGGGGCCCGCCGCUCACAGACAGUCGGACCCUUGGAUAAACAUGCUGUGCUCCCCGGGAGAGGGGAGCGGGGCCACGUCCGCGGGCGGACCCGGCGAGGCACCCGUAGCCCCCACCGUGCGGGGAAGAAGGCGGGGACGGUCAGGCCGCGCGGGCUCUUUAAGACCGUGUUCGUGCUAACGCUGACCAUGCAGAGGCCUCCAUGGCUGUGAUAAGCCUUCUGUUCUUGGCAAUGAUGUAUGUUGUGCACCACCCCUUGAUGGUCAGUGACCGGAUGGACCUGGACACGCUAGCCAGAAGCCGGCAGCUGGAGAAGCGGAUGAGCGAGGAGAUGCGCCAGUUAGACCUAGAGUUUGAAGAGAGGAAGCGAGCAGCUGAGGAGAAGGAGAAGGCAGAGAACUUCUGGAGAGGAGACACAUCCAGUGACCAGUUAGCGCUGGGGAAGAAAGACAGGGGGUGGGCGUUCCAGGCAGAUGGCCAGGAGGGUCCGCUGGGCUGGAUGCUGGGAAACCUGUGGAACGCUGGCCUCUUUUGCUUUUUUCUCAUCUUUGAGCUCCUGCGACAGAACAUGCAGCACGAGCCGGCCUUUGAUUCCAGCAGCGAUGAGGAGGAGGAGGAGGAGGAGGUCCGUGUCGUGCCUGUCACCUCCUACAACUGGCUUACCGACUUCCCCCCGAGGGAGGUCCUGGAAUCCUUUCACAGACACCACAUCCAGAACGUCACCCGGGACCUGCCCUGCACCUGCGAGUUCGUGGAGAGCUUUGUGGAUGACCUCAUCAAGGCCUGUCGGGUGCUCAGCCGCCGGGAGGCUCGCCCACAGUUGGAGGACUGCCUGGGCAUCGGGGCUGCCUUCGAGAAAUGGGGAACCCUCCACGAGACCCAGGAAUUUGACAUCCUGGUGCCCAUUGUUGCCCCCCAGGGCACUAUGUUUGUGCUGGAGAUGAGGGAUCUGGUCCUAGGCCGCCGCUGUGGCUGCGUGCUGGUCGAGUCGGAAUGCGUGUGCAAGCGCGAGAAGCUUCUGGGGGACGUGUUGUGCCUGGUGCACCACCACAGGGACCACUCAGCCCUCCUGGGCCAGUGUAAUGGCUCCAUCAAGGCGGCUGUCUGCACCGGCUCCUACCUGGAUGUGUGUAAGACGGUGCAGUGGUUCCGGAACAUGGUGGGCAAUGCCUGGGCCCUCGUAGCCCACAAGUAUGACUUCAAGCUCAGCCUGCCUCCAUCCGCCACCUCCUGCAAGCUCAGGCUGGACUACCGCUCAGGCCGCUUUCUCUCAAUCCGCCUGGUCCUGGGUGUGCAACGGGAAGACACCUUGGUCUACCUGGUGAGUCAGGCCCCUGACCAGGAACAGCUCACCAGCGUGGACUGGCCCGAGUCCUUUGCAGCCUGUGAGCACUUGUUCCUAAAGCUGGUCGGGCGUUUUGCUCCCGAGAACACCUGUCACCUCAAGUGCCUCCAGAUCAUUUUGAGUCUCCGGGACCUUCAGAGUUUACCCCAGGGAGCAUCCCGCCCCAUCCUCACCUCUUACCACUUCAAAACUGCCCUCAUGCACCUGUUGCUGCAGCUGCCCCUAACGGACUGGCAGCAUGGCAUGCUCUCCCAGCGGCUCCAGGACAUCCUCUGGUUCUUGGGCCAAGGCCUCCGGAGAAGGUCUCUCCAUCAUUUCUUCAUUGGUAACACCUUCCUGCCGCUGACCAUCCCAAUCCCUAAGACAUUUCGUAAUGCUGAGCCCGUCAAUCUCUUCCAACACCUGGUGCUAAACCCCAUGGCACAUUCACAGGCAGUGGAAGAGUUCCACGACCUUCUAACCCAGGUGAAAGCUCUGCCCUGUGCCUCACUGGCUGGGGCACAUUAAUGUACAGGCCGUUAAAAAGGGAGAGAAGGUAUUUCUGAUUCUCAGGCUGCAAAAGAGUUUAUUUUUCAGACACAUCAGCAGUACACGUGACCUUCACCUUGCCAGUGGGGGCUGUGAUAGAUUAAGACACUUAGGAGUAUGUGAAGUGGUCAUGAGGAGGGGUCCAGUCUGCAGGGCCUAAUCAAGGCUGGGUCUUUGAAGUUUUCUUCUCCUGACUUAACUUUCAUCAUGACCCGAAGAGGGCCCAGGGUAACAUGUUAUGGGAGGAUCUUGCUGCUAAAAGAGUUGAGAUCCAGAAGAGGCCUGUGAAGUUGGGUUUUGUAGCAACACUGGAAGUCAGAGAACCAGAGAAUACUUCCAUUCCAGCUUAUUCCUUCUUUUGUGAAGGACUCCGAGCACAUCCCUUGUAAACUGGUUUCCUUAUUGAACUCAGCCCAACUCGUAUCCAAGCUGAUAGCACUCCAUUUUAUCCCAAAUACUGUGAUGGUAGCUUCUUGUAUUUUAGGAUCGAAUUUUUCAGACCUCCGCUAUUUGAAGAUAUAACCAAGAUGUUUAUUUGCCCUUUUCUUAAUUUAGCCCUAUUUUCAUAUGAUAUGUGCAAUAUAAUAUAGCUGUUUUAUGCAUCUGAAAAGAACUCCAAUACUACCCAAAUAACUUGACUCACAGACAAAUAGUAAGUCAACAGUGGCCUGUCCCACAGUUGAAAUAAUGUGUUUACUAAAAUUAAUUAGAUCGUCAAAACAUCUGAUGACCUCAGUGCCCGGAAACAUUAUAAAACCCUUAAGGAGGACAGUCUUUUGGGGGGCUCUGAGAUGAAAUCACGGUUUCUGAGGGGAGCCACUUAUUUGUUAAAUGGAAAGAAGGUUUAGCUACCACGUGUAGCUGUGCUUUUUCUCAGUCUGGUAAUGCCUUUGUAUUCUCUUUUCAAAGAAGACAAAGGGAUUAUUUGAACUACGUUUGUGGGUUUGCAAAGCGGGGUCAUCACAAUCCAGGCCCACUGCCAGGGCUGGACAGGAAGGGACUGUGAAGCAGUUCAGCUCUAACAAAGUCAUAAUUCUGGAGAUAUGAUUGGUAUAUUUCCCCCUCUUUCAAACCCUGGGCAUCCUGGGGAGGAGUGUUAAGAAAUGUGACUCUAGUUGUGGGUGUGGUUGUUUUGGAAAUACCAGUGCUGUUCCUACCCAGCACUGCCAGGAAGAUCUUCGGGGGAGGAGAACUUUGCCCCACAUUUAAUGUGACCUCAUUGGGGGUUUAGGUGCUGGCCUCGUAGGCUUUGGUUAUAGAAUCCACACCCUCCCCCCCAGCAAAAAUAAAUGACAAGUGUCCCAGAAGCUGAUGCCAGCCAAUAUUUGGGGCUCCCACUGCUGCACAAGAGCUGCUGUGUUCUCGUGUUGUCUGCUGAUAUCUGCCAGGUACAGCUUUCAAGUGCAGAUGCAAUGAUGGUUGGUUCUAUGCUGGUGGGAUUUUGGUGUUUUAAAAACAUCCACGUGUUUUUGGGGAUUUCCCUGGUGGCGCAGUGGUUGAGAAUCCGUCUGCCAAUGCAGGGGACACGGGUUCGAGCCCUGGUCCGGGAAGAUCCCACAUGCCGCAGAGCAGCUAAACCCUGUGCCACAACUACUGAGCCUGUGCUCUAGAGCCCGCGAGCCACAACUACUGAGCCCACGUGCCACAACUCCUGAAGCCCACGCACCUAGAGCCCAUGCUCCGCAACAAGAGAAGCCACCGCAGUGAGAAGCCCGCGCACCGCAAUGAAGAGUAGCCCCCCCCCACCGCAACUAGAGAAAGCCCACGCGC